AUGAAAACUCGCGGGUAGAAGUCAGAACCGCAAUAUGCAUAUCAUUACAAAAAAGAUUAAAUAUUAGGAUAGAGUGAAAAAGGCAAGCCUCUUUUUUAUAAGGUAGUAGAGGAUAUGAAAACUAAUGAUCAUAGAUCUUAAUUAAGAGUAGUUAAACUUGAAUAAUAAGAAAAGUUAAAGGAUGGUAAAGUAGUUUAUAAAGAGGCUGAAGAACUUUUGUUGCCUGUAAAAGAGCGCACGUAAAAUAUAUUAUAAUUAUUUUAGUAAAGUUGUUGAUGAUGUAGAAGUAAAAUCUACAAAACCUAAUCCAAGAAGUAAGACAGCUGUUACCUUUUUUACUUUCCCUCAAGACACUCUCUAAGAAAUAGCCAAAAGUAUGAAAUAGGUUCCCGCCAAUACAAAACAAUAAAAAAAAUAAGUCAGCUCUGACAGUGAGGAUGAAGAGGAGGAACCACCAAAAAAAUACACUAUCAAAAAGGGUUAAAAGCAACAAGUAGAAAUUUAACCAGAGAAAAAAGUAGUGAAAAGCAAGAAAAGAAAGUAAGAAUAAGAAGAGGAAAGUAAUGAAAGUGAUAAGGAUGAUGAAGAGGAGAAUGAAGAAGAAGAAGAAGAAGUAGUAAAACAACCAAAAAAAGUAUCUGUCUAAAAAUAAACGAAAAAUAAAAUUGAAAAUAUUUAAAAUUAAAAAGUUGUUUAAAAUUAGAAAAAGAAAAGUGGAAAAAAAUAAAAUAAAGAAGAGAUAGAUGAAAGUUAAUAAGAUGAUGAUGAAGAUGAAGAUGAAGAUGAAGAAGAAGAAGUAAUUGUUAAAGUAGUUAAAAAAAAAUAAAUUAAAAAUACUCCUGCUCCAAAAUAAUCAUAAAAAUCUUAAGAUGCUUCACUUAUUAUAAAAGAAACUAGAUAAAGAGGUAGAACAUAAAAAAAAUAAGAGGAAGAAGAAGAUGAAGAUGAAGAAGCAGAAGAAUAAUCUGUAUCUGUAUCUUAAUCAUUUUCUGUUGAUAGUAAAAGAAAGAAAGGAGGUAAAGGUAGUUCAACUAGAAAAUCAAGAUCUUAACCUACUUAACCAACUAAAUUUAUAAGAGGAAAGGUAAAUCCUAAUUACAGAGAAUUGAGAAAUAUAAGUGAUCAAUAUGAAGGACCCAGUUCAAAAUUCCAUGAUUAUACUAGCAUCGUUAUGAAUAAUAAAGAAUUAAUUCGGGCUGCCAGAACAGGUAAUAAAAAAUUAUUAGAGGAUAUAUUUGAUAAUUCUUAAAAAAUUAGUUGUCUAUAUACUAGAUGGGGACCUGAAAAUGAAAUAAAUGCUUUAGAAUUGAUAUUUUAAAGAUAAGACAAAGCAAUGCUCUUGUCAUUUAUUAAAUCUAUAGGUAAAAUCAAAUUGGGAGUGACACCAAGAUGUUCAUUAAAAGAAGUAAAUACAGGUUAUAAUGAUAAAUAUGCUUAUGGAGUUAGAACUAGAAAAGUUGCUAUGAGUAGAGGAGGAAGAGAAGGCAAUAAUGCAUUUGUUUAUGAUUUAAAUUAAGAUGAUACAUUUGGUCCUUAUUAAGUUGAAAGAUUAAUGAAAAUAGAAACUGAUCCUGAACUUUUUGGUUUAAUGAUAGCAUAAUUAGGAAAUGAGCAUUCAUAUUAUGAAAUGAUUGCAAUAGCAGUGAGAUGUGGUAAUUGGAGAACUGCUGGUUAUUUAGUUUAAUAGGCUAUGGAGAAAGGACAUAUGUAUGGAUAUAAUUAAGUACAUGUUGAUGUUUUAAAUCAUACAAGUGCUAGUCGUAUUGGAAACAUUAAGAAACCAUCUGCAACAAAAAAGACAAUUGGUAUGUAUUUAAUAACACCCAUUCAUUGUUCAGCAAUUAAUCCUAAUCAUGGUUGUUUAUAAAAAUUGCUUGAUAUUUCAUAAGAAUUUAAUAUAUUAGAUGAAAUUCAUAGAAAACCUGUUCAUUAUGCUGCAGUUUCAUAAACAAAUGAUUGUUUAAAAUAUUUAUUAGAGAAUGGAAUUGAUGCCAGAGAAGGAGAUCGAUAAAAGAAUACUCCACUUAUGCUUGCUGCAUAAUAUGGAAGAACACAUAAUGUUGAACUUUUAGUUUCUAAUAAUAUUAAUGGUAAAAACAAGGAGGGAAAUGCUGCAAUCCAUUUAGCUUGUUUUGGAGGUCAUUUGGAAACAGUUAAAAUACUUUUAUAAAAUGGAGCAUAAAUAAAUUAACCAGGUUAAUUUAGAAUGACACCUUUAAUAAUUGCAAGUGCAUAUGGACACUAUGAUUUGGUUAAGUACUUAAUUGAUUAAGGGGCUAAAGUGAUAAGUAAAGAUAAAUAUGGAAGAACAUCAUGUGCAAUGGCUGCUCGUAAUGGAAAUGUUAAGAUUUUAUCCCUUCUUCUUUAUCAUGGAGCAGAAUAUAAUAUGCCUGAUUCAUCAAAAAAUACUCCUCUUCAUUAUGCUGCUGCUUAUGGAUUUCCUGAAUGUAUUGAAGAGUUGAUGAAAGCAGGGGCAGACUAAAAUUUGCCUAAUUCAUGGAAAUUGACACCAUUAUCUGUGGCUUUAUAGAAGAAUCAUUUAGGUGUGGUUAAGACUCUAUUAAAUUAUCCAAGUACAGAUGUAAAUUGUAAGGAUGAUGAAGGUAGAACAUUAAUUUCUUCAAGUUUGAGUAGAUUUAAUGCUGAUUCUUUUGAAUAUAUGAAAUAUUUGAUUCUUGAGAAAAAUGCAGAUGUAAAAAUAGCUGAUUUAUAAGAAAAAACACCUCUUCAUUAUGCUGUAUAGAUAUCUAGAAAAAAUGUUAAAUAAUAUUAUUAAAAAUGGAAUGAGAUGAUAAAAGCUGAGAAGAGAGAUAUAAAAAAUAAUUAUGAAAAAUUAUUAGGAGAUUUAAUUGAAUUAUUAAUUAAUGCAGGUGCAGAUGUUAAUGUUCCAGAUGUUAAUGGAUAGACUCCAUUUAUAUAAGCUUUAAUGAGUUAAAAUUUCAAAACAGCAGAACAAAUAAUGAAAUUAGCUUCUCCAAAAUUUGAUUAUGUUGAUACAAAAGAUAGAAAUAUUUUACACAAAUUAAUUGAAUGUAAGUUAUUUUUAAAUCCAAAAGGAAAUACUAUUUUAGAGAAUAUUAUUAAAACUGUUGAUUAAUCUUAUAUAAAUUAAUAUGAUGAAAAUGGUUGGAAUCCAUCAUUAUAUUUAAUUUCAGAAUACACUAAAUCUGCUGAAUAAUAACAUGAUAAGAUUUUCAGUAAGAAGGUUCAAUAAUUAUAAAUUAAAUUAUUUGAAUAGAAAGUGUUAGAAUUGCCUCCUGAAAAAGAUUAAAUAGAUGAAGAAAAGAAACAUGAUGAAGAAGUAGAUUAAGAAAGAGAUAUUAGUAAAGCAGUUGAUGAUGAUGAUGUUAGUGAUUUAGAUGCAAGUGAAGAUGAGGAGGAAGAUGAAGAAGAAGAAAUCCCUUAUUAAAAAAAGAAGGCAGCAUUUAAAAAUCCAUCUUUUAUUCAAACCACAGCUCCAACUAAAUAACUUAAUAUAAGACCAUAAACAUCUAUGCUUAGAAAUACUUCUUUAUUUUAAUAAUAAUAAUUGACUACAUCAACUGCAAUUGAUGAAAAUGUUCAAAAUCAAAGAACAUUUUAUUAUAAUAGUAAACCAAUUAUUGUUCAUUUGACUAAAGAAUAAGUAGAUGUAUUAAGAUAAGAAACAUUAUAAGCUUCAUUUUUAUUAUAAGAGACUGUUCUAAAAUUGUUUUAAUAAUUGAUUAAUAUGGGAGCUAAAUCUAAUAGUUAUGUGAUCAAAAGAAAGAAAUUUAGAGAACCAGAUUAAAAUUAAUAAGAUAUUAAAGAAGAUCCUUAUAUAAGUGAAGGUAACUACACAAUAGCACAUUUUAUAUUUAGAUCUUUUCAUAGUGUUUCUUUUCUUUAAGGAUUAUAAAGAAUUACUAAUAUCUCAUUGAAAGAAGCUACUCAUAAUAAUAUAUAUCCAAUUCAUUUAUUUGCUGGUACAUGCAAUCGAUAUGCUAUAUGUGGAAGAGAAUAAGAAACUAGUGAAACAUUUUUAAAAUACAUUCUAAAUCAUAUUGAUAUCAAAGUUAAAGAUGGAAAUUUAAAUACUCCUACAAGUAUAUUGGCAGCACGUUAUUAUGAGGAUUUGAACUGGUUUAUUGAAACCUUAUUAGAAAAUGGAGGAUCUAUUGAUAACUUAAAUAAAAGUAAUGAAGUUCCUUUAUAAAAAUGGGUUAAAGCCAAUAAUAUAAAAGUUGUUGAAUUAUUUUUGACUAAAUUUAAAGCUGAUCCAAAUUUCAAAGAUAAAUAUAAAAGAACUGCAUUACAUCAUGCUAUCAAUUCAUCUAAUUCUUAAGCAGAUGCUAGUUUCGAAAUGGAAUAUCUUUUGAUUAUGAAUGGAGCUGAUACUAGUGCAAUUGACUUUUUAUAAAGAACUCCUAUAUUCUAUGCAUUCACAAAGAUUAACAAAUAAAAUGAUUUUUCUGAAAUUGAUCCUUUUGAAACAGUCUCAUCUAUAUUAGCAGAUAAGAAUUGUUCUGUAAAUUGCUUAGAUUUCUAUUAAAGAUCUCCUUUACAUUAUGCUGCUUUAAGAGGAAGUGUUAUUUCUGGUAGAUAUAUGAUUAAAAUGAAUGCCAUAGUAGAUGAUGUUGAUAAAUAUGGAAAUACUCCUUUAGGUUUAGCCUUUAUAAGUGGGCAUUCAAAUUUCUGCACAAUGCUCAUAGACAAUAAAGCCAAUGUAAAUCGAGAUGCAAUUGUUAUUAACAGAGAAAAAGUUAAAUAAGAAGAGAAACGCUAAAGAUAGGAAAGAAGAGAUAAAGGAGAAGAAAUAGAAACAGAAGAUGAAGGGGAAUCAAAUCCAAUAGAAAAUGAAACAAAUAAUAAUACAUCUGGCUUUGGUGGUGGCAUAUUUUAUGGUAAUCGAAUUUAACCUUUCUCUACAAAAGUAGCCACCAGAAGUGCAUUUGGAUAAAAUAAUUAAUUAAAUUCAUUGACUUAACCAACUAAAUUCCCUCCUGGAACUUAUUCAUAUUUUAAAUUAGCAAUCAAAUAAGGAUGGUAAGGUGUUGCAUAUUUAUUGAUUACUGAUGGUUAUGAUCUUCAACGAGCUAUAGAAGAUGCAAUGAUGGAAGAUCAAUUUAAGUUAGUUAGAACUUUACUCUUGAAAGUUAAAGAAGAUUCAGUUGUUUAGAAGUAUAAUCAAAACCAUUAAAAUCUAUUCCACAUUUUUGCAAUCAAAGGGAGAAAUUGUGGAUAAGAUAUGGCAAUUCUAAUUGCAGAAGAAUUAUCCAGAAGGGGAGUUGAUAGGAUGUCUACUGAUAAUUAAAUGAAUACUCCAUUACAUUAUGCAUGCAAACAUGAUUUCCUUUAAAUGAUUAAAUAUUUCUUACAUAGAAAUAGUGAUCCUAAUGCUUUUAAUUCUGAUAAGAAUACUCCCUUCUCAAUUAGACUCCAAAAUAAUUAUAAAGUUUUUUCUGAUCCUAUAGAAUUAGGAUUAUGGACAAGUAGCAAUGCUAAUUUAAAUAUUUAAUUUAAAGUUAAUAAGAAAGAGUAUUCUCUAACACCAUUAUUAUAUUUAAUCUAGGAAUAUCAUGUAGAAGAUGAAAUUCUUUUAUCUAAAUUUACUGAUGCUGGUUGUGAUAUAAAUGAGAAAACUGAGAAAGGAGAAACCUCUUUAAUUCUAGCUAUUAAGAAUAACUCUUUGAAAUUAGUUAAUUUCAUUCUACAUCAUCCUAAAUUUAAGAGAGAUGCUCAUAUUUAAGAUUUUAAUAAAAAAUCUCCCAUUCAUCAUGUUGUUUAACCUUUAGAAUUUGGUUCAUAUGAAAAUACAGAAAUGUUAGAAGUUUUGGGAAAAGUAUUUGAUGUAAAUCUUAUUGAUAACUUUGGAAAAACUGCUUUAGACUAUGCUGUUGAUUAAGAUUCUGGUGUUAUGGCAGGAAUUCUUAAGAAUUUCUCAGCUGUCAGGAAUGUAAAGUCUAAAUAACCAAGACUUCCAACUAGUGUGAUAUCUUAAGCUUAAUGGGUGGAAGAAGAGAUAGAUGUUGAAGCGGAUGCUCAAAAGUUUUUAGACUUAAAUGGAGAAUAAUUGGAUGAUUCAAAGUAAGAUUAUAAAAAUCAAGUUGAUUAAUUUGCAAUCCUAACUGGAAAGCUUGAGAUUUUAAUAGAUAAGGAAAUAGGUCCAUAUUCCUUAUUGAUGACUAAAGUUGAUAUUGGUAAUGGACAAUAUUCAGAAAAUGUAUUUUAUAAGAUGUAAGUAUUGCAUGAAAUAAAUCGAAAUGUUUAUAUUCUAUUUACUAGAUGGGGUAGAAUAGGUACUGGAGGAUAACAUUAAUAAACUCCUUUUGAAAAUUCUGAAGAAGCAACUAAAGAAUUUAAUAAGAUCUUUUAUACUAAAACAGGUGGAAACGAUUGGAGAAAGAUUAAAACUGGAGAAGAAGAAUUUGUUAAAAGACCUGGUAAAUAUCAGUUAAUGAAUGUAAAAAAAAUGAAGAAUUACAAAACUCUACUUAGUCCUUUCGAUUUCAGUAAAAAAUCUCCUUAUCCACCAUGCAAAUUGGAUAACACUAUAAAAAGAUUCAUUUUAUAAUUCAUCUAAGUCAAAUUAUAUUAAAAGGAUUUAUAAUAAUUCCAUGUAGAUAUGGACUUUUUGCCUAUUGAAAGACUAGAUAGAAAAUAAUUGGAAGUGGCAAAAGCUAUUCUUAAUGAAUUAACAGAUAGUGUUGAAGAAUUAAAGUAACUUAGAUAAAAAGGAGACUUAGAUAUUAAAAAAAUAUCUAAUCUAUCAUCUGAAAUAGCUGAUAAAUCUAGUAGAUUUUAUGAAUUAAUCCCAAUGAUUGAAUUAAGAACAGAACCUCUACCUCCACUAGAUUCAAUUGAAGCUCUUAAUCAAAAAUUAUUACUAAUUGAAACUUUGCUCAAUUUUGAAAUUACUUCAAAAAUUCUAUUAGGAGCUCAUUUGAUGAAGUAAUCCUUAAAUCCCCUUACUUAUUGUUUCAAUGCUCUUAAUGUUAGAGUCAUUACUCUCCAUCGAGAACAUCCAGAAUUCAAAUUGAUAGAUUAAUAUAUAAAUUAAUCAGCAACUCCUAAAAUAUCUAAUAUAUUUGCUAUUGAGAGAAGAGGAGAAGCAGAGAGAUUUGAGAUCAAUAAAUAAUAUAAUAGAUUAUUGCUUUGGCAUGGCUCUAAAAUUUCCAACUUUAUGGGUAUAUUGGCCUAAGGACUCAAAGGUAAAAUAAAUUAUUUUAUUAUUAGUUGCACCACCUUGGGCACUCAACACAGGAGCAAUGUUUGGAAAGGGAAUCUAUUUUGCUGAUAUGUUCUAAAAAUCCUUUGCCUACACAGAUGAUUGGUCACUUCAUUAUAAUACUUAUAAUGGACUCUUUUAAUAAGGUGGACAUUGGAAUAGAUAAGAAUAAGUAGUUAAAGAUGAAUAAGAAGAAAUUCAAAGAUAUAGAUAUAUGUUACUUUGUGAAGUUGCUGUUGGUAAGUCUUAAGAGCUUUACCAAGCAGAUUAUGUUUAAAAUUUACCAAGUAUUUUAGAUAUUUAUAUUAUUAGAACAAUAUCAAUCUGUGAAGGGAUGUGGAAGAAGAGGACCUGAUUACAAAUAAUCUGUUGUUCUAUCAAAUGGAUGCAAAGUUCCUGUUGGAUAAUGCAUAGAUUAUCCAGAUCCAAAAAAGAAGGACAAGGAUGGUAAUCCUAUUUAAUACUAUUUACAACACAAUGAAUAUAUAGUAUAUGAUGAAACCAAGGUUAAAUUUAGAUAUAUAGUCUAAUUGGAUACCAAAGAUACAAUUGAUGAAUAUUGA